AUGACUUUGGCCGCUCGCCUUUGCCGCGGCCAUGCCUUCCGCCGGCCAGUGGUGCUGCGGCAGGUAACCCGUGGCAUGGCCCUCCACUGGCGACAUGGGGGCACACCAUCAGGCGUGGGCAUCGGCGGCAAUCGAUCACCCACCGACUUGCUGUCAGAGCUCAGCAAUAUUUUUGCCAAAGAAGGCAUCACAACACUUUCAUCAUUGUCGGCCAGUUGGUUUGCAAAGGCUGACCAGAAUGUGUCCAAGGGUCUUGAUCCUCAGGAAUUCAGGGAUACUAUGGCCAGUGUGGGCCUAAAGCUGAGUGACCCUGAAAGCGAAUCUUUGUUCACACACUUCGACACCGACAAGUCCGGCAUCAUCACUUAUGGUGAGUUUGCCAAGGGGCUUCAAGGAGAGAUGCCAGCGUUCUCGGCCUCUCUAGCAUUUAUGCACCAACACACAGGGCAUUUCCCAUCAAACCAGGAGAGACUCCGUGCAGCGAGACCCAAGUUUGAUGAGGCAGAGACCCACGAGUGGAUAGAGUCGCUUGAUGCUGUUGUUCAGAAUUUGGGUGCAACCCGAGCUCGCUUCCUCCUCCAUGAGCUUAUGGAAGAAGCAUCACGCCUGGGCGUGCCCAUAUCGCAGCCAGUUGUCACGCCCAUGAUCAACUCCAUCCCUAGCUCCGCAGAACCAGCAUAUCCAGGAGAUCGUGCUAUGGAGGACCGACUUUCUAACAUCAUCCGGUGGAAUGCAGCUGUCAUGGUUAGUGAUGCCAAUAGACGUGGUGGCGGGGUUGGCGGACACAUUGGCACCUUUGCAUCCAUUUGUGAUGUAAUUGAGGUCGGCAUGAACCAUUUCUUCCGAGGCAAAGACUAUGGUAAUGGAAGAGGUGACAGUGUUUGGAUGCAGGGGCAUGCAGCUCCAGGUGCCUAUUCGCGCGCCUUUGUCGAGGGUCGCCUCACAAUUGACCAGGUGAUGAAUUUCCGACGUGAAGUUGGGGGCCAGGGCGUUUCAAGCUAUCCGCACCCACGUUUGAUGCCGCAAUUCUGGGAGAACCCCACAGUGUCCAUGGGACUGGGGCCUUUGGGUGCGGUGUAUCAGGCACGCUUCUUUCGCUACCUUCACCUCAGAGGCCUAGCAGACACCUCGAAGAGCCGGGUGUGGGCUUUCGUUGGUGACGGAGAGAUGGACGAGCCAGAGUCCAUUACAGCAAUUUCAGUGGCAGGAAGGGAGCGACUCAACAACAUGAUCUUCAUCGUGAACUGCAACUACCAACGUUUGGAUGGUCCAGUGCGCGGCAACUCCAAGGUCAUGCAGGAGUACGAGGGAACCUUCCGUGGAGCUGGCUUCGAUGUCAUCAAGCUGAUUUGGGGCGGCAAGUUCAAUGAGCUCAUUGAGCAGGAUCAUGAUGGCAAGCUCAUCGAGGCGCUGGAGGCCACGGUGGAUGGCGACUGUCAGCGUCUCCAUGCCAAGGCAGACGGCGCGCUAAUCCGGAAGGACAUAUUCGAGAAGCAUGGGCUCCUUGAUCGUGUAGCCCACUGGAGUGAUGCAGAACUACUCGAGGCCUUCCAGGUUCCUGGCGGGCACGACCACUCCAAGAUCUAUGCUGCCUUUUCUCAGGCCGAAAAGAAUGCAGAGAUGGGCGGAAGACCAACAGUGAUUCUUGUCAAGACCCUCAAGGGCUACAGCUUGCAAACAUUUCUGGGAAGAAACACCGUUCACCAAAAGAAGAUGAUGUCUGAUUCUGACAUGAAGGCUUACCGCGAUGCAAUGGGUAUUCCAAAAACUGACGAGCAGCUUGCCAAAGCAGACGCAGAGAAUUUCUUUGCGCUCAAGGAGGACUCUCCCGAGGUCAAGUAUCUGAAAGAGCGGCGCCAUGCCCUUGGAGGUUUCCUCCCGCUUAGGUCGCCGGCCAAGGUUUCUGCGCUGGUGGAGCUUCCCAACCAUGAUGUCUAUGACAUGUUUGAUACAGGAUCCAAAGGUAGGGAGAUCAGCACAACCAUGUGCUUUGCGCAGAUUCUCAGAAAGAUGAUGCAGGCUGGUGAGUUUGGGCAGCGAGUGACGCUCAUGGUCACUGAUGAGUCGCGAACUUUCGGGAUCGAUGCGUUCUUCCCGAUCUUCAAGAUACAUGCGCCUUUCGGCCAGAACUAUACGCCUGUCGACGCUGAUCAGGUCAUGAAGUAUGCUGAAGCACCAAAUGGGCAGAUUCUUCAAGAAGGCAUCAGUGAGGGUGGCGCCAUCAUGACCUGGAUUGCGUCCGCUACUUCUUAUUCCUCCCAGCAUGCGCCAACGCUCCCAUUCCUCAUCUACUACUCCAUGUUUGGAUUUCAGCGUGUCGGUGACAGCAUUUGGCAGGCUGCAGAUGCACGAGCGCGUGGCUUCCUCAUUGGAGCAACCUAUGGUCGCACCACCUUGAAUGGAGAAGGCCUGCAGCAUCAGGACGGACACUCGCUUCUCAUCGCGCACACCUGCCCGGCGGUGAAGGGCUAUGACCCUGCCUUUGGAUACGAGAUGGCAGCCAUCAUUGAGAAUGGGGUCAAAGAGAUGUGGGGGGAGGACAAAGACGUCAUCUACUACGUCACUGCUUAUAAUGAGAACAUGGCCAUGCCCGAGAAGCCUGAGGGUGUGGAUGACGGCAUUAUCAAAGGCUUGUACAAGUUUGCUGAUGCCAAGCCAGCACAGCACAAGGUCCGCGUCAUCGGAUCAGGGGCCAUCAUGAAGCAGGCUCUGGAUGCAGUCGACAUCCUGGCAGAAUACGGUGUGGGAGUGGAGAUUUGGAGUGCAACCAGCUACGGCGAGCUUCAGCGCGAAGCAAUUGCUUGCCAGCGACUAGAACGCCUCGGUGGGGAGGGGCCAACCUCCUGGGUGGAGCAAUGCCUUGGUGAUGGGGAAGUCACAGUCGCGGUGUCGGACAACAUGACGGCCUACCCGAAGCUCAUUGCUCCCUGGGUCGGUGGUGACUUCAUUGUGCUGGGUGCUGACGGCUUCGGCCGCUCCGACACGCGUGAGGCGCUUCGCCGCUUCUUUGAGGUGGACAAGGAACAUGUUGUGAUCGCUGCUCUGCAGGGCCUUGCAAAGCAAGGGAAGAUCUCUGCAGACGUCGUCACACAAGCGCGUGACAAGUUCGGCAUCAGCAGUGUGCGCAAGGACAUUUGCAUGGAGACGGUUCGCUGA